UUGGUUCCGUUGUCCCUCGAUGUAUACGGGCCUGCCCCUAAGGGCGCAAAGCUGCUGAGGCGCUGGUGGCGGAGACCUCGUUGUGCGUCGCCUUCGCGGCCGGCGGGAAGCAAACAUAUUUUCGAAAGCUCAGGGCUCCAGCGAUCCCCGUUACCAGCGCAAUGGCAGUCCCAGGUUGCAACAAGGACAAUGUCAGAGCAGGCUGUAAAAAAUGUGGCUACCCUGGUCAUCUGACUUUUGAAUGCCGCAAUUUUCUCCGAGUAGAUCCCAAACGGGAUAUAGUUUUGGAUGUCAGCAGUACAAGCAGUGAAGACAGUGAUGAAGAGAAUGAAGAACUAAAUAAAUUGCAGGCAUUACAGGAAAAAAGAAUAAAUGAAGAAGAGGAGAAGAAAAAAGAAAAAAGUAAAGAGAAAAUCAAACUGAAAAAGAAAAGGAAAAGGUCUUAUUCCAGUUCCACUGAAGAAGACUCUUCGAAACAAAAGAAACAAAAAUAUCAGAAGAAAGAAAAGAAAAAAGAAAAAAAGAACAAAUCAAAAAAAGGGAAACAUCACAAAAAGGAAAAAAAGAAGAGAAAAAAGGAAAAGCACUCUUCUACCCCUAAUCGUUCUGAAUUCACAAAAAAGUAAUGGAGACUUUGGCCUAAGUCAUUAAAUUUGUCAUCUUUAAAAAUUGCUUUUCCUUGGAAUUUACUAUAUAAUUAUGCUUUGCAAUAGACCCCAACCUUUUCCAUAUAGACAUUUUUCAUUGGUGGGACCAUUAUCCUUCUGGCUGUAUGUGUUUAAAUAAGUCUUGUUACUUGAUAGCCUUGCCCCAAGUACAGAUAUUUGUACAUACAGAGCACAUUAUUUUUGGUAUUUGUAUCUCUGUUUGGGUAGUGUUAUUACUUCAUAAGUUGAGCUUAAAUGGCCCUUGUACAGUAACACAAAUAAUCUACCUAACCGUUAAUGAGUAGUCCUGAAUCAAGUGUCCGCCUUUCAGCAAUAAAGCUAGAUGGGGGUAAUGAUUUGUUGUUGAUGCUGAAAAAUUUAAUAGCUUUAUAUACUGUGACAUAAUAUAUAAAGAGUGAAAUUCUUUACUCUGGUUUUUAAAUCUCUAGACUUUUUAAAAUGUAGUAUAUGAAACUGCUUUACAGGUCUUGAGGUAGUAGUUUUUAAAUGAAUGGUAUCUACAGGAAGAUAAUAAUAAAAAUAUUUAUAACAAAGUUUCAUUGCUUUAUGAAAUUCAGACUUUUUAGUACCUGCCUCCUUUUUUUUGCAACAACAAUUAGACAUGUUUUUUCCUUGUUUAGAGACUAGUUCCACCUGUAAAAGUCUGGCAGAGGUGGUGCUGUGUCGGUCAAAGUUUUUAAGGUAGACUCCUGGGUUUUAGAAAUGUGCCAUAUUGGCAUAUCUUAUAGAGAUACCUCAAAACAGCCAAAUCUUCAUUAGAACUGAUGUUUAUUGUAUUUAGUAUGUAAACAUUAUGAAGCUGAUGUCUGUAAUGUGGAAAAGUUUUAUAAAUAUUAGCAUAUAUGUGUAUCUCUUGUGUCAAAUGAUUUAUAGUUUUGAAGCAAGUUUCACACUUUUUGCUUUCAUGCAUAAUAAGCUUGAGGUAUUUCCCUCUUUUGUGUCAGUCACAAAUAUCAGUAUGAGUAAAAAAAAUUUAGAAUUAAGAAUUUUAUUCUAUAUGUUUUAAAAUUUAUGAACCAGGGAGUUACAGCAUGAAAGCCUUUAUAUAACAAUGGAAAUUUUCUGUGCGUAAGCAUUUUCAGAUGCUUGUUGGUAAAUAUCAAUGUUUCUUACAUUUUUAAUUUCACAGUGAUCGAUAUUACUUAAUUUGCUUAAUACUUAGUAUUCCUGAUACCAAAUCAGUUAAACAUUUAUAUUGUAGCAACAUUGAAACUCAAUCUGUUAUCAUGGGAAAGCACGAAAGAUCCCAAGUACCUCAUUGUGGUGCCCUUAAAAGUUUUCAUGUUGGUAACCUACAGACAUGGUUCCAAGUGGGUGAAUUCAAGAUGGUGAUAUCAAUUAUUUCACUUAACCUCACAAGCUGGAAAAAGUGACUCAUUCUUCCUUCAGGGGGCACCCUUGCCAGCAUGCCCCAUACUCAAAACUCCAGCGAAGCUGCAUCCACAGCCCUGCCCUGCAUUUGAGCCUCAGAAGCCCUCAUACCUCCAGCUUAUUCCAUGACCGCAUUUGCUCGCUUGGUUCCCUCAAAAAGAAACUCUUCUUUAAAAAGUUCAGUCAACAGAAAAGCACAGAACUGUUAGAUUUCUUAAGGGUUUAUUUUGCCUUUGCUAUUCAUCUGAUGAAAAUACAGUCCUUUGGUUAUCGUGAUUUUUUUAAAUUGGUAAAAAAGAAAAAGCCUUUUAAAACAUGUUUAGUAGAUACUACAUACAAAAAGAUGGCCUCAUCCCCCUGUGUAUAUAACUUGGGAAUAAUUGCAGUACAGUUACUUGUUUUACUUCUGUUAAUUGUAAAGAUUAUAAAUUAACUCAUUAGGUUUCUUUUCUGAACAGUGACAGAACUUAUGAUUCUGAAGUUAUAUAAAAGUCAGCCCUCAUUAAGAAAUAUACUAUAAAAAAUAAAAGAUUUUAGUGGCUCAAUAAUCUUUCCCCAGAAGUAAUCUUAGAAUUAUUCUUGAUUUACCAUGUUAGCAUAGUUUAUAAAAUAUUUCAUUUGAAUAAAACUCCUUUACUAAUUUUCUUCUGAGAUGAUCUUGCUGUUAGCGCAAAUCUCACUAUUAAAUUUCAGGGGGAAAUUCAUGAAAUUUCAUCCCAGGCAGUAUGCAGCAGAAGGAAAGUGAACUUUAAUAGUAACAACUGAAGUCAUAACUAUUCUCACUAGAUAGUCCAGUCCUCAUAGUAUAGCUCUGUACAGCCCUCAGCAAAGUCAUCUAGCUUCCUUGGGCGUUCGUGCCUUUUACCUAUAAGCUGUACUAAAUUAUCUGUGACAUCGCUUCUGUUCUUCAGUGUGUUUGCCAAUAUUUUAGUAAUAUCCAGGUAAUACUUUCUUUAGAAGUUGUGCAGAAGUUGUGCAUAAAUAUGCAGCUAGUGUUCUAUAGUAGUAAAAGUUGAAUGUAUUAAUGCAGCUAUUAAACAUAUGAAUUUUUUAAAACAUAAAUACUUGCUUUGUUCUUUUCGUUACCACCCAAUGUAUGUCACUUUCAUUAGAUGCAGACAGUUUAUAUUUAACUUUAUAUUUGCAUCUAUAGCCACAUUAUCUGAACACUUUGAGGCUAUUUGUAGGAGUAGAGCUACUGUCCCAUAUUUCUUCACUCUUUUCUCCAUAUCAUCUGUUGGUUGAAAUCUCGCAGGCGUGGUUUUAGUUUUUUACACAUAAUAUAUCUUUAUUUACACCUGUAGUUUCCUGAAGCCAAAGCAUCAGUUACUGAGAAGUAAAAUAACAAUAUGCAUCUAUAUUUGCUGUACUAUCUAAAAUUACAUAGCUGUAGGUCACCUUCAGUGGUAAACCGGGCAUAAGAGUUAGUAAUAAUGUUCAUUAAAAUGCCCUUGAGUCAUCUCUUCAACAACAUGAUUGGUACCGAGUACCAACCAUGGCAAAUAAUGUGGUGCUAGGUAGCGAGAAGAGUUCUAAAUAAGACACAUUUACUUCCCUGAAGAAGGUGACAGUCUCAUUGGUGUGAGAGACACUAGGACAUACCAUUAUGAAAUAGUUUCAGUAAGGCCUCAAACAUGGCUUUAUAGAAACACAGAUGGGCAUCUAACCUACUGUGGAGAAAUUGAAAGAGGCCACCUAGAGAAAGUAAAGUCUGAGUAUCAUUUUGAUCAAAAGCAAGGGAGACAUGGUCAGGGUGGAUACUGGCAACAAAGAUCACAUGCAGUGUUACAUUCAUGUAAGAAUUACAAGCAAGCCCAUGUUGCUGUCGUGUCAUGUUAAGCAGAAGUGGUAAGAAUUGAGACUGCCAUUUUAGAUUCUUGGGCUCAAGAGAAGGUCUUGUGUUCCGUGUUUAGAGGUUUGGACUUUAAUCUAUAAACAAUGAGACAUUAUCAAAGAGUUUUAAAGAAAGAAAUGAUGAUUAUUGGGAUUUGGUUUUAUCCAUUUCAUAAACCUACUUUUUUAAAGAUAAAGUUGCUGUCAUUAAAAGGUCCCAUUUAAAAAAAACAAGUUGCCAUAAAAUGUCAUGUGAUUCUUCUGUGUUCUAUUAUUUGUACUUUAUCAGGCUCACUUUUCUUUCCAAGAGCUGAUUAUUUUUACCAAAAAUUAGUGACUUAAGUUGUCUAAAAACACAAAGUUCUGCUGUAUUCUUUAUCAGACCCAUUCCCAGAAUUAUGUAUCUAAACAGUUCUUGAAAUUUUUUAAAAUGAUAGUUUAUUUUUGAAAGGCUUAAACUAUAUCUCUAUGUUUUUAUUUGCUGGGCCCAAAUAAAUAAUUUAAAAUAUACUUUUCAAUGCAUAGACUGUGCCAUAAUUUGAUAAAGCUUCUUGUUUUUAAUACUUUGUCUUAUGAAGCACAACUACUUCAAAGUUACAGAGAAAGAUGCGAGCUGGUCCACUGGAGGAGCCCUGGGGCCCUUCCUCAAGUAACCUAGUGAUAAGCUACCUCAACAGGAGCCAGCCCAGGAGCCCCUUCUGACUAGUGCUGGGACACACACCUCCUGGGCAGUUGUCCAAGAACAGUAUGCUUCUUAUACCAGUGUGCCAUAAUCCCAGUUGCCAAGUCCAUGGUCUUCCUACUGUACCUAUUUCCUCUCAGCUCCUCCGAAAGUAUUCAGAGUGGCAGAAAAUUGGUGUCAUCCAACCAGGCCCAGCCCCUUUUUGCCUGUUCUACAGGUGAGGAGGAGUCUUGGGGACCAGGAGCAUUUUGCUGACCUUCAGUCUAUGUUUCCUGCCUUGUGUCAUGAAUGGCGUAUGGCCUUGCCCUUGAGCAUCAAGUAAAACUAUACUGCAGUGCCUUCCCUUUCUCAACUAGAUUUUCACCUGAGACAAUACAGUAAUAUAUUACUUCCUAUAUAUCAAACUUUCUGGGAUAUUUUAAAAAUCAAAGCUGUAUAAACAAUUUGAAACACAAAAGAUGUAUGAGCUUUCAAGAAAUAAAUGAAAAAUCUUUGCUUU